AUUCAUUUUUAUGAUGCAGGAUCAAUGAGCAUUGAGCAAUGCUCGGAAGGAAAGGAAGCAAGCACUGAAGUGCUCCAGUCCAAGCAUAUGUGAGGUUAAGUUUGUUUGUUUAGUUUUAGUAAUCAGUAUUUUCCAACUUAACUUUCUCAUGUUGGUGGUGAUUUAGAUAGGGUGUCUAGACUGUGGUAUUAUUUGGGCUAAUUUGAUUAUUGAUUCAACAACAUUUAUGUGUAAAAUGACAUCAAACUCUACAAUAAUAUAUGGAAUCAAUAGUGAUAUUGGUAGAAACAUAUUAUUCCAGAGCGCUGUUUAUUGGGCUGUAGAUGGCUGCAAAGUUCUCUAUUUCGCUAAAUCAAAAUUCAAUAGCAUCCCAUCAAGUGCACAUGGACCACAGAUCCCUCCUUCAGAAGUCCUUGCCAAAAUAAGAAUUGUUUUCAGGAUUUUCCAACAAACGUAGCAGUGGUUUGGGAAUGACUUGAACCCUGAACAGUGGAUAUAAAAAUCAACCAGAAUUGCAAUGAUCCCAUUAACCUCAUGGUACUUCCUACCUCUGCAGUAACUGCAACAUUCUGUUUCCUGUAAAUACAAGAAGGACAACCAGAGAAGUUAUGGAUACCAGCAGGGCUGCUUCUAUUAAACACUGUCUUCAGUGCGAAGGAAUGUGUUCAACAUUGAUGACAGUUUUGGUGUAAUGGAGAUCAUGAUGACUCUCCAGUUGCAAUAUCAGUCUGAAGUGGCUAGUGUGACAGAAGUUAUCCUGAGAAUAUGGAAGAGCUGGUAAAACUCAUUGUAGACAUUCUGACUUUCCGAGAUGUGACUCCGAGAGUGAUACUGGUGGAGGAGCUCGAGGGCUACAUGGAGGAGAGUGACCACUGCCUGGCUCGUACGUGUGCCACACUGUGCCAUGUCGCUGUGUGUUGCUCAGCACGCCUCAAACUGCCCACCUACGUGCUGGUCACUACAACAAAGGAUGUACUGCCUCCUGUAGUCUGCUCAAUGUUUGACUCUGUAUGGUGUCACAACAGUGAACAUAACACCGUGACCAGGAAAUACCCUGCAGACCUUGUGCCAGCUGCUCAGUUGGUUCUAGGACCCAGAUCUGAUGGAGCCAUAGUAUUAAAAGAGAUUCACCACUUGUUUGUUAAACAUUAGAAAUUUAUGUGUUACCAUGUUGUUGUUCUAAGUAAAAAGUUUGUUUAUAAA